GCCAGGUGAAGCGGGCGUCGCACCGACGUGCUGCCGCCCCUCCUUGCCGUGCCCGCGCCGAGGUCCCUCCCGCGGAGGGCGGGCCCGACUCCCGCGGCCUCUAGGGGCUCUCCGCGAAUUCCCGCUUGGCAGGCCGGCAGAGGACUGGCCCCGUAGGGUCCUGGGAUCUUCCCUCACCUCCAUGCUCUAGAGAGCUGACCGCAGAAGGGAGAAAGGAGAGGAGAGAAGGCCACAGGAGGCACCAUGUUCCGUAAGAAAAAGAAGAAACGUCCGGAGAUAUCAGCCCCACAGAACUUCCAGCACCGUGUUCACACCUCCUUUGACCCCAAGGAAGGCAAGUUCGUGGGCCUGCCACCACAAUGGCAGAACAUCCUGGACACUCUGAGGCGGCCCAAGCCUGUGGUGGAUCCUUCUCGAAUCACACGGGUGCAGUUGCAGCCCAUGAAGACGGUGGUACGGGGCAGCUCAGUGCCCACGGAGGGCUACAUCUCGGGCCUGCUCAACGACAUUCAGAAGUUGUCAGCUAUCAGCUCCAAUACCCUACGUGGACGCAGCCCCACCAGCCGGCGGCGGGCACAGUCCCUGGGGCUGCUAGGAGAUGACCAGUGGGCUGCCGACCCUGAUAUGUACCUCCAGAGCCCUCAGUCUGAGCGCACCGAUCCCCAUGGCCACUACCUCAGCUGCAAUGGGGGCACACCAGCAGGUCACAGGCAGAUGCCAUGGCCAGAACCACAGAGCCCACAGGCCCUGCCCAAUGGGAUGGCUGCCAAGGUACAGUCACUGGGCCCUGCUGAGUUCCAGGGUACCUCACAACGCUGCCUGCAGCAGCUGGGUGCCUGCCUCCAGAGUUCCCCACCUGGCACCUCACCCCCCAUGGCCACAGGGAGGCUUGGGGUGAAGGCUGCCAAGCACAGCUCCGAAGAGGCCCGGCCGCAAUCCUGCCUGGUGGGCUCAGCCAUUGGCAGGCCAGGUGGAGAAGGCAGCCCUAGCCCGAAGAACCAGGAAAGCAGCCUCAAGCACCGGUUCUUCCGGAGCAUGUUCCUGUCCACAGGCUCUGCGAGCAGCAGCAAGCCGGUCCCUCUGCCACAGAACAAGCUCAAUUCUGCUUUCCGACCACCACAGAAAGAUUCCUCUUCAAACCUGGUAGCCAAGGCCCAGUCCUUGCCCUCGGAUCAGCCCAUGGGGACCUUCAGUCCUCUGACCACCUCAGAUACCAGCAGUCCCCAGAAGUCCCUCCGCACAGCUCCAGUCGCUGGCCCACUUCCGGGCCGGUCUUCUCCAGCAGGCUCCCCCCGCACCCGGCAUGCUCAGAUCAGCACCAGCAAUCUCUACCUGCCCCAGGACCCCACAGUGGCCAAGGGGGCCCUGGGUGGCGAGGACACGGGCAUUGUGACACAUGAACAGUUCAAGGCUGCGCUCAGGAUGGUGGUGGACCAGGGUGACCCUCGGCUGCUGCUGGACAGCUAUGUGAAGAUUGGGGAGGGCUCCACGGGCAUUGUGUGUCUGGCCCGGGAGAAGCACUCAGGUCGCCAGGUAGCAGUCAAGAUGAUGGACCUCAGGAAGCAGCAACGCAGGGAGCUGCUCUUUAACGAGGUGGUGAUCAUGCGUGACUACCAGCACCUCAAUGUGGUGGAGAUGUACAAGAGUUACCUGGUAGGAGAGGAGCUGUGGGUGCUGAUGGAGUUCCUGCAGGGCGGGGCCCUCACAGACAUCAUCUCCCAAGUCAGACUGAAUGAGGAGCAGAUUGCCACUGUGUGUGAAGCUGUGCUUCAGGCCUUGGCUUACCUGCACGCCCAGGGUGUCAUCCACCGGGACAUCAAGAGUGACUCCAUCCUGCUGACUCUUGACGGCAGGGUGAAGCUCUCAGACUUCGGGUUCUGUGCUCAAAUCAGCAAAGAUGUCCCCAAGAGAAAAUCCCUGGUAGGAACUCCAUACUGGAUGGCUCCUGAAGUGAUCUCCAGAUCCCUGUAUGCUACUGAGGUGGAUAUCUGGUCUCUGGGCAUCAUGGUGAUUGAGAUGGUGGAUGGAGAGCCCCCCUACUUCAGCGACUCCCCAGUACAAGCCAUGAAGAGGCUCCGGGACAGCCCCCCACCCAAGCUAAAGAACUCUUACAAGGUCUCUCCAGUGCUGCGAGACUUCCUGGACCGGAUGCUGGUACGGGAACCCCAAGAGAGAGCCACAGCCCAGGAGCUCCUGGAUCACCCCUUUCUGCUGCAGACGGGGCUGCCUGAGUGUCUGGUGCCCCUGAUACAGCUCUACCGCAAGCAGACGUCCACCUGCUGAGCCCGCACCCAGGGUGCACCUGCCACCUGUGCCCACAGGCAAAGGACACUGGGCAGCUGUUCCAUUGGCAGGGCCUACCCGCCUGUCACUCUCAGUGUUCUCUCCAAAGAUCGAAUGUGAAGCUCCACCCUUUCCCUCUUGCCCUUUUGCCCACUGGGCCAGGCCGGACCUGCCCCCUCGGUCUCACUCCCCAGAGUCCCAGUUGCCUUUGGGAUGGCAGUGACCCCUUCUGCAGGUUUGGCCCUUUGUUAUUUGCACAGGGAUGUUUCUAAGAAACGUGGAGAGUGGUGCUCCUGGCCACGAGCCAGCAAGGCUGACGGGCUGCUGCAGAUUUUUAAAGGCAGUGUCCACAGCGACCCGGGCCACCAGGAGCUCCAUCUUCACAUGGACACUUGCUAUUCUCAGCUAAAGCUUCAAACCCUGGAGUCCCAGAGGGCCGUAGGGAAGGAUUUCGCUGCCUGAAUCCUUCUUCCUCCUCUGGGCUGACUUCUGGAAGCCCCGCUUGCACCUGUUUCCGGUCUGCUCCCUGGUCUCCCUAGAAAGCCUCUACAGAACUGUGAAUCGCCUGUGUGGGGGCCAUGGGGGCAGCAAGGGGGAAUCUUCUGAGAGACAGUGGGGUUGGCAGUAAACGUGGUUCCAUUUUCCAGGAUGUAGAGAACAUAUUCAUUCUCUCUCUCUCUCUCUUUCUCCCUCCCUCACUUCUUCCCUCCCUCCCUCUC